GGCGUUGACCAACAUUGACCGGCGUUGACCAACAUUGAGCAGCGUUGACCAAUCAAGAAAAAUUUCCUCCGGCGUAAUGGCAAACAAUGUUCCAUAUUCGAGCAAUGAUGGGGACGGGGUUAAUUAUCACGGUAGAUUUCAGAUAACUGAUGCAUUCUCAACGGUUAAUGAUGCGGUUAACCAUCUUAAUGAAAUUGCAAUUUCCAUAGGGUUCGAAUUGGUUAUUGAUUCGUAUAAGCAGAAUCCGACUGGUCCACUGCGUUGCUAUUUGAAAUGUUUUAGGGGGUCGAGAUACUCGGGAAAUAAGGUAGAUCCGAAUAUUAUGGUGCGACCUAAUACAUCGACAAAGUUUUGUGGAUGUAAUUUUAUGAUUAGGUUGGUUUUGGGGGACAAAUGGCAUGUGUCUAUUCCGAAUAGUGAUUAUGCUUUCCACAACCACGCAUUCAUAGUAUAUGCGGAGGGUCACAGACGGACUAGUGGGCUCAAUGAUGAUGCUAGGCGGAUGGUUAGACAGAUGACUGAUGCCGAGACCGCACCCAGAAACAUUCAAGCUGCUGUAAAUGAGGCAUUCCCCCAUCUUCACCAAACGAUAAAGCAUAUAUACAACGAGAGGUAUUUUUACAAGAUGGAAGGGCGUGAAGAACGGACUUCAGCUGAAAAUUUUCUGUACCUUGCUGUUCGAAAAACUAUGUGUAUUGGUCAUUACGGGAUGAUGAUGGAGUGA